AUGUCUUUUGAAAUUCCAACCUCCCAAAAGGGUGUCGUUUUUGAAACUAACGGCGGUCCAUUAGAAUACAAGACCAUCCCAGUUCCAACUCCAAAGCCAAAUGAAAUUUUGGUCAAUGUCAAGUAUUCCGGGGUCUGUCACACUGAUUUGCACGCCUGGAAGGGUGACUGGCCAUUGGCUGUGAAAUUGCCAUUGGUUGGUGGUCACGAAGGUGCCGGUGUUGUCGUCGCCAAGGGUUCUGAAGUCAAGAACUUUGAAAUCGGUGACUUGGCUGGUAUCAAGUGGUUGAACGGUUCUUGUCAAUCUUGUGAAUUCUGUGCCCGUGGAUUUGAGCCAAACUGUCCUCAAGCCGAUUUGUCUGGUUACACUCACGACGGUUCCUUCCAACAAUAUGCCACUGCCGAUGCUGUUCAAGCCGCCAAACUUCCAAAGGGUACUGACUUGGCCGAAGUCGCCCCAAUCUUAUGUGCUGGUGUCACUGUCUACAAGGCCUUGAAGACCGCCGAUUUGAACCCAGGUCAGUGGGUUGCCAUCUCUGGUGCUGGUGGUGGUUUGGGUUCUCUUGCCGUCCAAUACGGUAAGGCUAUGGGUUUGAGAGUCAUCGGUAUUGAUGGUGGUGAAGAAAAGGGUAAACUUAUCAAGUCCUUGGGUGCUGAAAAGUACGUUGACUUUACUACCUCCAAGGACCUUGUUGGUGACAUCCAAAAGGCUACCAACGGUGGUCCACACGGUGCCAUUAACGUCAGUGUUUCUGAAAAGGCCAUUUCCCAAUCUUGUGAAUAUGUUAGAACCUGUGGUACUGUUGUUCUUGUGGGUUUGCCAGCUGGUGCCGUUGCCCAUGCCGAAGUCUUCUCUGCUGUUGUUAAGAGUAUCUCCAUCAAGGGUUCUUAUGUUGGUAACAGAGCUGACACUGAUGAAGCCGUUGACUUCUUUGUCAGAGGCUUGGUUAAGAGUCCAAUGAAGGUUGUUGGCUUGAGUGAAUUGCCACAUGUUUUUGAAUUGAUGGAACAAGGUAAGAUCUUGGGUAGAUAUGUUUUGGAUACUUCCAAAUAG